AUGACCAUGAACUCUCCUAAAGGUAGAAAUCAUGAACGUGAUGACGCAGAGAACAGAGGAAACGGAGGUGACAUUUUUCAGCAGGGUGUGCUUCAAGAUAUAAGCAACGCUGUGGGAAAACCGUCGCCCAAAUAUUCACCACCUUCAUUAACCGUUAAAGGCAGAUCGGAGGCUCAAAGUGCAGUAGUAGGAAGAUUACCUUACCCACAUGACGUUGAAGAAAGAACUAUAGUGAACGACCUGAAAGUUCUGUGCAGUAUUAAGGAGCCGACAGCGAGCGUGGGGAUUGAGAUGGUUGUUGCAGCGUAUCUUUUGAAGCUUAAGAGACCCUCAUGUCAUGAGACCAAGAGCGCCAUGGAACAGGCUUUGGCCGCAGCAAAGGCGUUGUUCCGUGGGGAGCAACUACUCUCUAACAGCCAAAAAUCGUUUGAGAAAAUACUACUGCUGUGUAAGAAGUUUCUCGCUCCUGCUGAAGUUGAGGUAAUGGUGCUGCCUGAUUUAGUGGACUUACAGGGGGACCGUGAGUGGACUUAUCUUGCAUGCAAGUGUUGUGGUAAGAAGGCUUCUCUAGAUGGCCAUGGAUAUUUCUGCGAGAAGUGCAAUACGGUGGUCAAGUAUGUUAUUCCUAGAUACAUGGUCACAGCAGAAGUUGUGGAUGACUCUGGAUCAUGUCACUUUUUGAUCUUUAAUCGUGAGUUUCAGAAGUUGGCUGGAUGCCUUGCCUCUGAGCUCAAGGAGCAUGCCCACCAACAAAAUAUUCCAUCAGACUAUGUGGGUGGGUCAUCAUUUUCAUGUCGAGUUAUACGUAUGAUUGAUGAUAGAGAUGUUAUAGAUACUUAUCUUGUUUCUUUGAACGACUACCAUGAUGGCUCCACCCACAAUCCUGGCGGAGCUGUUGAGGAGCAGGGCACCAGCUCAUCGGUGGUCAGUGGUAGCGAUAAGAGCGUGAACGCCACAAUAACCCGGGAGGUAGACGUGGAUGAGCUUGCUGGGGACCCACAGCCUUCAGCUAAAAAGAAGCUCAAAUUUGUUGUGAAGGAGUAG